AUGUACCCUAUCGAGAUUCUAAACUCACUCGAAUUCUACAAGAAUCACUUGGAGGAAAUUCACGAACAACUGUUAUUAUUUGCGCUUCUCCAUCACACUUCAAUGAAGCCGAAACAAAAUCCACGCUCAUGUUUGAAAGUGUUGAUUAUCUUCAGAGCUAAGACAAUCAAGAAUGUCGUCCAAAUCAAUGAGGAGUUGACUGCCGAGGAGUGGAAACGUCGAUAUGAGAAAGAAAGGGAUAAGGUAACUCGUCUCUCCACCGUACUACAAGCUCUCAAUCUGGAGAUGACACGAUGGCGAGCAGGCGAACGCGUCAGUGAGGCUGAUUGGAUCAAUCUGAACGACACCGCUCAUCUUAUUGGGGUGUCGGAGAAUUCUACAACUCCAUCAAUGGAAAGAUCCAUGAUUGCACCAGCACCACCGAUGCUUACUUCAGUAACUGGUCCAAUCACAGAUGAGGAGAAGAAGAAGUAUGAGGAAGAGCGGGUGAAGUUGUAUCAGCAACUCGACGAGAAGGAUGAUGAGAUCCAACGCGUCAGUCAAGAGCACGAGAAACUGAAAGCACAGGUGCUGUUGCAAGAUGAAUCGAUUCAAGCGAUGCGCGAAAAUGAGGAGACGUUGCGUGAAGAGCUUGUCCGUAUCCAGAAGGAGAGCGAUGAUAAGCAGAACGAGACCAAGGAGAUGAUCUCUGCUAUCGAAGAUAUCGCAGUACAGCUCGAGGUUCGAAAUGCUGAAUAUGAGAAAUUGAAGAAGGAGCUAGAAAUUGUUGCGGAAGAGAACCAGCAAUUUGAAGACAGCGCAAACCACGCUAACAACGCUCUCAGUGCCCAUUUAGAUGAAUGUGGCCCUAAAAUCAAGCACUUCAAAGAUGCUAUCUACAACAUC